CACGGUCUUGCUCCGGAAAUAACGAACGAUAAUCGGCUGACGGCGACGACUGCCCAUGCUCUCUCAGACCGGGGCGCACAGCCCUGGCGGGCUAGCCAGGACCUACACCCUUCCUGGGUGUAUGCCCGCCGUCUAUCGACAACUUGCAUCCGUGCGACCCCUUCAUGGCGUCGGUAUAAAAGGCGGCUUGUCGUUCGUUUUGAACAUCACCAAUCACAACAACAUACUCAGUUCGAUGAAGACGACCUUUACGACCUUUACCUUACUACCAACGAUAACGCUUUGGGCUGCGACAGCUCUAGCUCACGACACACGAUAUACUUCUUGGAGCGAGGCCGUUGACGCCGUGCGGACCAUGCCGCAGGAAUGGACAAAUGUCACUAGUCGUGUAACCAGAAGCACCGAUUGGACGUUUGACAUCGGAUGUACCGGUGCCGGCGCCAUUCAGUCUCCAGAAUACACCGACAUCUACGACGCCGUUCAGAAAUGGUUCUCCGGCUCGAACACCGGGCAGUUCUGCACGAACGGCGAGGAGUACAACGUGCUUUGUAACUCCGCCGACGCCGUUUCGCAGACCGGCUGUGCCUACGUCGGCCAGUACGAUGUCUGGAACGACGGUAUCAUGGACUGCUAUGCUUACGCGCUCCUCGAGAAGGCCGUGAUCAAGACCUGCGCGGAUAGCGGGUACGGCGAUUGUGGCUGUGGUGUUUAUUACGACUACGGGAGCGGCAAGUGCCUCGUCGCGACAUACACCUACCAUACCGGAGGACCGGCUGUUUACAAUUCGGACUACAGUGGCCCAGCUGAAGAGAUCCCGGUGACGAUGGACGUCAUCCAUCGCCGCGACUCAACCGGACCGAGCUACACAGACAUUGCUGUCUGUGGGCACAACGGUAACGACGACGUGUCGCAGUGGUGCGAGGGUUCGACCACGCACGUCUGCUAGUGGUGUGCAACCGUACAGGGUUUUAGGCGACGACCUUUCAUGUUGGACAACCAAGUAGUCAUAGACAUCACGGACUUACAAGCAUCUGGGACUUUAGCGACUUGUAACAUCAAAGGAAUGAGUUAUCUUAGUCAUUAUAUAGUACUUAGAUCGUAGUUUCAGCAACCCUAAUAACAUGGAUGCCACUGCUUUGAUGCAAGG